CUGCACUUAGAUAGAAGAUAUUCAACUCAAAAGCAAUUUAAAAAAAUUGAAAUUUGAAAAAAUUGAACGAAGUAUAUAGAAUGCAUGCUAUCUUUUGCGUAACCUAUUGUCUUAGCUUUUGAGGAAGCUCACCACAAUCGAUAUCGAACGGUUGCGGCCGCCUUGUCUAAGUGAUUCAAUGGUCUUAAAGAUGGCUUUUUCUCAAAUGAAAAAGAAUCUGCGAGAAUUUAAAAUUAUACUAGAUAUCAAAGAGCCUCUAAAAUUGCCAAUGAUGAUGAGUGGUUCGUUCUCUGUUUACUGACCUAAGUAAAAUCAGAGUAAAUAUAUAAUUAAGAAAUGCCAUUUUCGAACGAAUACCAGACGUUGCCUUAAAAAGAGUGCAUAUUUGAGGUGACUGACGCUUCGAGGAGAAAAUUUUCUGUAACUUUUUCAAAAACUUACAGCACGUUUUGGCUUUGGUCCUUUGAGGCUCAUAUCUCUUUCAAGUUUUGAGCUUUCAGGGUCAAACUUGCUUCAACAUUUUUAGAUCUUCUUCCUCCGUGCAUUUUUAAAAAAGUUCAGGGAAAUUGCGUAAUUCAGCAUGACUAAAAUGGGUGAUUAAAAAAAGAGAUAGUCACCAGUGUGGGUUUGAUGAAUCAAAAAUCGGAUCAAAGAGCUUCUCUGUUUGCAAUUAUUAUUGUGAUGAGUGGCUGAUAUACCCUUUAUCAAAGAUGCUUUUCUCUUAGACCGUAAGAAUAUUAAGAAAUUACCGCACAAAUAUUCCGGAGUCAAAUAUGACGGGUGGCUGAGAGGUUAUGUAAGCCAGCAGUGAUGAAGUUUUACAAUAGAUUUGUGUCGUUAUUCCUGACAGUAAGAUUAGUUAAAUUAACAGAGGUGCCAUUUACAUCAACACAGAAUGUGAAGAUGAAGGAUGUUCUCCUCAAAGAUCCGAUAGAACUUGAAGAAGAUCUAAAAUAUUGGAAAAUUAUCCCUGACCUCCUAAAGGAGGCUCCAAAGCAGCCGAUGCAGGCAUGGUGGUUAGAUGGUGGAUGGACAGGCACAGAGGCAAUCUUCGGAAAUGAAAUAAAUGACCCGGAAAUUACGGCUGAGGAACCAUUCUGGUUAGAAUGGAAAACUAACAAUGACACAUUUCACACUAUGAUGAUGGUGGGUAUCGAUGAAAAACCUAAGAAAUACACAUCGUUCAAAGAAAAACAAUAUUGGAUUAUUGUGAACAUAAAAGGGUUUGAUUUUCUUGCAGGAGAGUAUUUAACCGAAUACAUGGGCCCGGAUCCACCAGAGAAUAAAGGCUUACUUCGAUACGUGUUUCUAGUAUAUCGACAGCCUGAUAAACUAAAAUUCAAGGAGAAAAAAAUAUCAUCCAGGAAGGACAUCUAUCGAACGAAUUUUUCCAGCAAAGCCUUUGCAGAUAAGUACAAUUUAGGAAAACCAAUGGCAAUAAACUUUUUUCGAGCGAGAUUUGAAUACUAAUAGCUAAACAAUCUUGUAGAUAAAUCUUCGAAUGUAAUUAGCAUCUUGUCUUACAUUUGUAUGUAUAUUCUGUAAAUAUUUAUUAAACUGUAAAUAUUUUUUAA